UUAUUAUUUGGCAGUUUUAAUUUCUUUAACCAAUACGACUUGAUAAAAAAAAACAUGUUAUUCAAAUUGCUUUGUUUUGUGUUUGCCUUUGGAGUUUGCUUAUCCCACCAAAAAAAAAGUUAUUCGCAGACAACACACGGCUGUACAACGACUAUAACUUGUGAUUCACUGCCACAAGGAGCGUUAGAUGACUUCAAAGAACUAUACUUCUCAUUUCCCAAAAGUUGUGCCGAGUAUAUUGACAGAGAAACAGCGAAUGAACGAUUCGAAAGAGUUCCAAUCUAUCCGAGAACAGUAGAAGAUAAAACCAUCAUGAUACUUGCGAACUGCUCAUAUGUGCCGCCUAUUGUAAACCCAGGGUUCAAUCAAGAGGAGAUCUUUAUGGCAGUUCCAAAAAACAGUGUGGAAGGCAGAACUCUGAUAUUGAAAGGAAUUCCAAGAAACCGAGAUACGUUCAACAGAUUUUCGGUCAAUUUUGAUGGACCUGAUCCCAAAAUUUAUUUUCACUUCGUGCCUGAAAUGUCGGGAAACAGUUUCGUACUAAAUGAUUUCACAACUGAAUGGCGGCAGGGAGGAGAAACAAUACCAAUGAGUUCGGACUUCCAAUUGAAAUAUGACAUAGAAUUUACGUUGACGGUGAAAGUCGAUGACGUUGGAUAUCACGUUACACUUAACGGAAAGUUUUUUACAACCUUCGAACAUAGACAACGUCCGUUGACUGACAUUAGACAGAUCAGAACUAAAGGACCGCUAGAAGUUACUUACUUGUCUUUUAACUGAUCAGUUAACUCUGUUCUCUUUCUGCAAAUAAAUUGCUUGAAAGAAAUGUGUAUAUUUUUAAAAUUAUGAUUGUGUGCCACGAGAAUUAUUCGUUGUAGUAACCUAUGAGAGUUUCAUUUGUUGCAUUUAACUUUUGAAGUUUCAACCCGCCAAGAACGUCCCCGUGUUAGCUUUUGAAACACUGUAGAGGCAGACCGCGUCAAAUU